AACAGACAGGUUCACUCGGCCUGCUCAAGCCCUCCUGCUUCUCUCUUCCACAGGCUAUUUUCUCUCCCUCAAUCGACGACGUUUGAUUCCGACGGCCUCCGCUAGACGAGAAGGUUGAGAGGGUUCCGGUUGUGAGCGAGGAGGUAGGGCUUGAGGUGGAGGGAGGGAUGAACAGAGCGGUGGAGGCGGAUGCGUGCGGCUACAGCUGGAGGUCGAUACUUUCGGUGUGGUGAUCGCGGCGAAGGAGCGACGCCCCGCCCAGUUGCCGCGGCGGACCGCCGGCCGCCGUCCACCACAGAGCGAGACCUCAGUGAGGCAGUGAAGUACGGGGGUUCUGCUCGAGCUCCAUCACAGCGGUGUCAGCGUGUGGAAGGCGGCGAUAGCAGAAUGGCCAGUUUCCGUCUCACUGGUCUGGAGGCACGCAAGGUGUUUGCUAGAAUGCUUAGCAGCGGGGCAGGUGGCAGUGAUGCCGCUGUGGAGGCUUUCGACCCCGCCAAACGCCUCUGCAAGCUCAUCAUCUCCUGCCGGCAGGCCUCGGGGCUUGAGAUCGAGCUCGACCACAGCGACCUCCGAGUCACCCCGGAUGUCGCCGAGCGCGUCCUGGAGCGCCUCGACAACGCUGGCAUGCUCGCGUAUCGCUUCUUCGAGUGGGCGCGCAAGCAGAGGCGUGGUGGCUGCGCCCACACCGUCCGCUCCUUCCACACGGUGGUCGCGUCCCUCGCCAAGAUCCGCCAGUACCAGCUCAUGUGGGACGUCGUUGCCAUAAUGCGCCGGCAGGGCGUGGUUAAUGUCGAGACGUUUGGCAUCAUAAUGCGGAAGUACGCACGGGCGCAGAAGGUCGAUGAAGCUGUUUACACGUUCAAUGUCAUGGAGAAGUACGGCGUUGUGCCUAACCUCGCCGCUUUCAACAGCCUGCUCUGUGCGCUGUGCAAGUCCAAGAAUGUGCGCAAGGCGCAGGAGAUCUUUGAACAGAUGAAUGGCCGGUUCAGCCCUGAUGCCAAGACCUAUAGCAUCUUGCUUGAGGGUUGGGGGAGAGCGCCUAAUCUCCCAAAGAUGCGAGAGGUCUACAGUGAGAUGCUUGAUGCAGGCUGCCAGCCUGACAUAGUCACAUAUGGCAUCAUGGUUGAUUCCCUCUGCAAGACAGGCCGUGUUGAGGAAGCUGUCUUUGUGGUGCAGGACAUGAGCUCCAGGGGCUGCCAACCAACAACCUUCAUAUACAGUGUGCUCGUGCAUACAUACGGCGUUGAAAUGAGGAUCGAGGAUGCUGUUGCAACAUUUUUGGAUAUGCAGAAGGACGGGAUCGUGCCAGAUGUUGUGGUUUAUAAUGCACUUGUCACUGCCUUCUGCAAAGUGAAAAAAUUUGACAAUGCAUUUAGAGUCAUGGAUGACAUGGAAGGCCAUGGAAUCACCCCAAACUCAAGGACCUGGAACAUCAUCCUUAACAAGAUGAUUAGCCUUGGAAAGGAUGAAGAAGCAUACAGGGUCUUCCGCCGUAUGAUAAAGCGCUGCCAACCAGAUUCUGAUACAUACACCAUGAUGAUAAAGAUGUUCUGUGAGAAUGACAGGUUAGAGAUGGCACUGAAGGUAUGGAAAUAUAUGAGGUUGAAGCAGUUUCUGCCGAGCAUGCACACGUUCUCUGUGCUGAUCAAUGGGCUGUGUGACAAGGGUGAGGUUAGCCAAGCUUGUGUUCUGCUUGAAGAUAUGAUAGAGAAGGGCAUUAGACCCCCUGGUUCAACAUUUGGCAAGCUGAGGCAGCUCCUUCUGAAGGAAGGAAGGAAGGAUGUGCUUGAAUUUCUCGUUGAUAAAAUGAAGAUUCUGAUACAGGAACCUUUGUUUGAUUGACCAUUCAUUAUGUUCCAAUGGUAAAGGUAAAAUCCAAUUAUAAGAAAAUAAAGCCAUUGACAAGAGGCAUAGAGGUUUCCUUGGAAAGGUCAAGAAAAAGCCAACAGUGGCAAGCAAACCCAAAUCUUGAAGCUUUGAUGGGCUCUGCACAUCAGAUGGCUAUGGCUGUAAAAAUCAGAUGCCUCAAGACCCUGGGCUGAAUUUCGUGCAGUGCUCAAGCGCUUUUUGGGGUAGCAGCGGAAUCCAUCAUGGGCAACAGGAGGCAAGAAAAUUCUGGUCUGACCGGUGAUUGCAAGGCAGAACAAUCACUGAGUUGGCUCCUAACUUGAUCAAGUUGAUCUCCAUAAGAGUUGUUAAACAUCGAACUGUUGCUCAAGCCCUGAACAGCCAAGGCUGGAUAACUGACAUCAGAGGAGCCCUAACGGCACAAGUGAAUUAUUGGCUAUCUUCAGAUUCGGGACAUGGUUGAUAAUCUGGUCUUACAUCAGAAAGUUCCUGAUCAGCAGCGGUGGCGUUUCACUCGGUCAGGUUCCUACAUCAGUACAUAUGCAUAUCACACUUUCUUCAUUGGAACCAUCAAGUUCGCACCUUGGAAACAAAUCUGGAAAAGCUGGGCUCCCCUGCACUGCAAAUUUUCAUUUCGUUAGUUGUAAACAGCCGGUGUUGGACAGCUGACCGACUUGCGAAGCGCGGCCUUCCCCAUCCAGUUGCUUGUCCCCUCUGUGAUCAGGCUGAGGAAACAAUCCAGCACACCAUCAUCUCAUGUGUGUUUGCUCGGCAGGUCUGGACACUAAUUUUCCAAAGGUUGGGCCUGAUUGCUAUGGUCCCUCAACCUACUGUUGCUCGGUUCUCUGCUUGGUGGAGCAAUAUUAUCAGUAGGGUUCCAAAUGUGCUGAGAGAAGGCAUCAACUCCCUGAUCAUUUUAAUACCUUGGGAGCUUCGGAAGCACCGAAAUGAUUGUGUUUCAAGGGGCAAACCCAAGUGUUCAGGUGGUUUUGCAAACAGUGGAUGAGAGUGGUUUAUGGUGUCUGGAUGGAAUCUCUGCUUCAUAAGCUCCUCAUUUGGUCGCUCUCCCUGGACUCUUAUUAUUGGGGAGGUGGCCUGGUCGUGGUCGUUUAAAGUUCAUAUUGUGGCGUGUUUGUAGUCCUGUUGUGUGUGUGCUGGGUGUGUUUUUAUGAGUAGUCUCUUUGGCCUCUCCUCUGUACUGUUUUUUCUCUCUUAACGAAAUGACAUGCAUCUCUCAUGCGUUGUUCUAGAAAAAUAGAAAAACAUCUUCGACUGAAUGAAAGCACUUGAUGACACGAUUGAAAGGUCACUUUCAUCAUGGUUUGUUCA